AUGAGCCGUCGAUCGCAAUAUAAUUGGCCAUGGAGCCUCCUCGGUGGCCAUCGUACGCUUCGGAGAACCACCUCUGGUGCGAUUACGAAAUACCAAGCCGCGGCAAAAUUCUCACUUAUGGUGAAAUCGGAUUUGCAACGCAUCAAAUCUGAUGAGAUCCCUAUGGAUCUUCCCUUUACUACAGCUGCGAUGAUUCUCCUUGAUCCGACUUUGAGUUUCUCUCAUCAGUGGCGGAUACUCAGACCUGGGGGGAUUUACUCAAUAAAUUUACCUCAAUCACGGUGUGAGGAUCGUGUCUCUGAUUGGCUCUCAAUCAGUGAAUGGAUCUCAAUCAGGGGAUUCAAUCGGAUUAUCAUGGAUUUGCAGAGGAGAUUGGGUGACAGAGGAAGGAUCUCGUUUCCAUGUCAAUCUGGUGUGCCCACGAAUGGCGUUCUUUGGGAAGAUGAUUGCGGCUGA